UAUACUCUCCAGAGCUCUGACUUCCAUCGAGGAACCAAGAAAGUUUUCCGCCAUCCACGACCGAAUGAGCUUAUUUUUGUUAAUGACCGAGCAUUUAUGAAAUAUGAAACAGUACGAGAUGCAUUUUUUUAGAGGUGGUGCUAAAUGAUCAUACCUCAAUUUCAAUAUACCCUUGAGCCUUUCAUCCCGCUUUUCAGCAUCCCAAAUUUUGUUGUUGAGGACGAACAACCAAUCAUCUUCAUGUUUUUUAGAGCACAAAAAGCUCCCAAUAAUCUUUGCAGCCAAAGCUUCUCCUUGACACUUCUCCACAAUUUGCCUUCCUAUUCUGGUCAACUCGUCGGUCUUACCUAAUCCAUUUCCGAAUGCAAUUUUCUCAAAUAGAGACCAACAAUCUUCAUCACUCAAUUUUGACAGUUUCUGUAGAGAAACCUGCUUCAUCUGACCAAAAACUUCCUCCUUACGUGUAGUCGCUAUUAUUUUGCUUCCUUGCAGGUUCAUCGACAAAUUACUCAGCACAAAGCCCCAUUCGAUAUCUCCGUUGUUCACGUCAUCAAGUACUAUACAGAUCUUCCCCAUCCCAAAUCUUUCUUUUAAGCUUUUCCGAAUGACAUCGACGGUACCCAAUGGUUGCUUGGUUUUUGAAGCAUGCCCAGCCGUGGAGAAAAGAACCGACAAUACCGUAAUUAAAGAUGCUACUAAAAAUUUCAGCGAGAAGGUCAUUAGUGAAGGUGGUUUUGGACCAAUUUACAAGGGCAAUCUUGAUGGGACACCAGUAGCAGUGAAAAGGCUUUCUACAGAUUCAAAUCAAGGAAAAGAAGAAUUUGAAAAUGAAGCUAACAUUAUGCCUGAUUUGAACCACCCAAAUCUUGUUAAGCUGUUGGGAUCCUGCAAAGACAAGAACGAAUUCUUAUUAGUGUACGAGUAUAUGCCAAAAGGUCUUCGGAGUGUUUUAUUUGACAAAUCUAAAGAUCCUCAAAAACUUGAGUGGAACCAAAGAUUUAUAAUUUGCCUUGGAAUAGCAAAAGGUCUUGCUUAUUUACAUGACGAGAAAAAUAUUGUUCAUGGUGAUGUUAAGCUCUCAAAUGUUUUGCUUGAUCAAGCUCUACAUCCCAAAAUAUCAGAUUUUGGAUUGGCUAAAAGACUCGAAAACAUAAAGAACACGAAAAUCCCAGCAGUCGGAGCAAUGGCGUACAUGGCACCUGAAUAUGCUAAUGAAGGUAUCUUAACUGAAAAGGCAGACGUAUAUAGCUUCGGAGUAGUCACUCUUGAGAUUAUGAGUGGAAUGCUAAAUAAGCCACUACCUCAAAAUGCUGAAAGUGUGUCCCUUCCAGAUUUGGCUGCUGAUUAUAAAAAAAAGGGAGACCUUUUAGCACUGGUAGACGAAGACUUAAAGGUGUCUAUUUUAGUUGAACAAGCUACUAGGGUGUUGAACUUGGCAUUGUCGUGUACAUAUAUCUCUCCGGGAUCAAGACCCUCCAUGUCUUCUGUGGUUGAAAUUCUCGACCCUGUGUCGAAAGCGAAUAACAUUAGAAGAAGCAUUCUCCCAACUAACAUCAUCCCACAUACAAACUCGGGUGGCACAUCAGGAGAAAUUGAUCCCCCAAACCAGGCUAUUACUUUUAAUGAUACUCGGAUUCCUGAUCCAGAGGAACACAUUACUGAUAUGCCAGUUCUUAGUAACGGGGUGAUGGAACUCAACCCAGUAGAUGUUGCUACUCCAUCAAAUGCUGGCACGACUACUGACGACGAGGAUGAAAUUGAGUAUGAUGAACCCAUUUUACAAGAUGGUAACUAUCGUGUCGAAUGUUCGGAAGCAGAAUUUGAAGCUGGAUGCAACGAGUGGAAAGAUUCUUUGGUGGGAUACGUCUUGGAUGUGACAGAACCCUUAAAUAUAGACAAAGAGAAGAUUGAACAACUCUGGGGAGUGGCGGGAAAUGUUUCUGUGUUAUAUCUGGGAAACAAUAAGUUCUUGUUCCGGUUCAAGUGUGUGGAAGAUAAGAUCAGAAUUUUGGAAUCAUCGGAGCUUUGGCAUAUCCAGCAAAGACCAUUGGUUCUCAUUAAAUGGAAUUCAAAGUUCAGACUUAAUCAAGCUAUGGAAUCACAACCUGUCUGGAUAAAGAUUUUCAACUUACCUCUCUUUCUUUGGUCUACUUCAAUUCUAAAAAGGGUUGGGAGGAGAUUAGGAGUUCCAUUGUAUGUUGACCGGAAAACAAAGAACAGAGAGUGCUUAGAAUAUGCUAAGGUCUGUGUAGUAGUCGAUGUAAGAAAACCACUGCCAGAUUCUUGGAAUAUUUUGGUUCUAGGGGAAGUCUAUCAACUGAACAUAGAGUAUGAUUGAAGACCAUUGAGUUUGAGUGACUGGUCGACUCGUUUUGCAUACAUUAUCAAAGUCGUGUUCCAUUAUGAAGAAAGUAAUACUA